AACUGGCAUUCGUCACAUGAGACGUGAACGGGAUAGAAGGAGAAUUAAUGUGUGUUAGUUGUUGGGAGAUGUGUAAACAAUAACUGCUGUAUCUUUCUGAUCAGAGUGAAAUUAUAAUGUUUUGCCUGACUGCAACCAGAUGGCACUAGCAGCGUGCCAGGAGGAAACCUGAUCUCAGUGUUGACUUUUUAUUGUCAGCUGUCACAGUCAGUGAAAAUAGUUCUGCAACGAUAAUAGUGUAAUUAGCGGAGCUCUGCGCACUUAAUUGACUUGCGCUUGUGAAUACGUGCUUAAGUAGCACAUUGCGUCCUCGUUGUCGAUAAGCGACCUUACCAGAGUCGCCCAAAGCGUUGAUGAAGUCAUUUUGACUUGAAGUGAGUGAAAAGUUUGAUAAAUCAUCUGGACUUUUGAAAAUUGAUUCGUACGGGUGAUUUUGUGUUUACCUUCUAAGAGCAAAAUUUUAAGAUCGGAAUUUUAUUUUCUCUACGUCUUAGAGAUUGUUCUUUUGCAGUAGUGAUGAAUAGUUACACAACUAUUUUCUCACUGCAGCGUUGGAAGUAGUUUACGGUCAAUAAUUGUAGUUGGAUAGAAAGUUAAUGCUCGGAAAAAGAAGUAUUUAAAUGGCCGUUCCUUUGAAAGUUAAGGCAACGGACAUUGGAAGGAAAACAGACAUUUGAACAUUCUAGGCCUAUAUUCAGAUGAAAGAGAGAUUCGAGCUGUCAGUCUAGGAAAAUAAACAUCCAAAAUGGCGGCAACUGACACAUCAAGCUCAACUGUCAUCAGUCCCCCGACGUCACCAACAUCCCCCACUCCAUCGCUGGCCUCUCCAACAGGAGACCCCCCCGAACCAGAGGGCAAGGGGAAGCACCUCUUCAAGAGUAACCUCCAAGUGCUUCUCAAGAGGCAGGAAAAUGAAUUGGUCAAAAACUUCGAGUACAAGAAAAAGCUGGAAGAAGGAGAAGAACUGGAGAAAGACAAAGACGGCAUAGAGGGGAAGAGACGCAAGGAGACUGAUAACAGAAAGAGAAAGGACACAUCUGAUAAGUAUGAAAUGGAUAAAGCAGAAGGCGACGACGAAGUGUUUGAAGAACCCGUCGAGAGUAAAGCGAAAACAGAGGGGAAGGAGAAAACGGAAGGGAACGUGAAAAAGGAGAAUCUCAAUCAAGACAAGGGCAAAAAUAAUAAAGAAUUAAAGGGCAAAGAUAAAGGUCCAAAGAGUCCCGCAGCUGUGAAAGGUGGGAAGGGAAAAGAAAAGCCACCCGAGAUGAAAAGAGGCAAAGAAAGUGAAUCCAAAGGGGAGAGGAUCCAAGAGAAAUCAACCCCUGAAAAAGGACGAGAUCAAGAAGCCGCCAGUCCUACUCUUUCCAGAAAAGAGGAAGAGGGCGAUGGAAAAGGAAAGAAGAAACCCGCUGGCGAGACAGAGACAAAGGAGAAAAUCAACAAGGAGGACAGUCUCAAAGAGAAGAAGGAAGACACGCACGACGAAAAAAAGAACGGAAUGUCGAGCGAGAAUACCAAAACAGGAAAACCGAAAGACGACGCGAGACGGGAGAACGAUACCAAAUCUGCUUCUCAACCGGAAACCUCACCGAAGUCACCAAACUUCGGCACGCCCUCCUCCUCCUCCUCCCCCGCCUCCCACGACCCUCGAGAGGAGAAGUCGAAGGAAUGCCCCUCCGUUAAGCAAACCAAGAGGCAGAAACACCAGGGGACGCUGAUGAAGAAAGGAUCGUCACCGUUUUCGCUGUGGAAGAAAUACUACUUCGUGCUGGAUGGCAAACGCCUGAUGUACUAUCGGUCCGACAACGACUACAAGAACCUCGCAGGAGCAAAAGGAUGUCUCGACUUGGCGACCCUGGAGGACGUGAAGAUCAAGAAGCCCGGGAGGAUGAAGUCGCCCUUCCCUUUUGGUCUCUACAGGAAAAAUCAGAGGACUAUUCAUUUGGGAACAGACACGAACGAAGAACGUGAGAAAUGGAUGGCAAUUCUUCUGGGAACCAAGAGGCACGACACGCGCCUGUCAGGAAGUGACAGUGUACUGAGUACUUCCGAUUCUCCCGUCGAAGAGGCGAAAAAUAAGAAGUAUGCAACUAUGCCUGUCGGCAAUGUGCCGCCCAAGGCUGAAGUCUCUUCCAGUGACAGUGAGCCUGAGGACAAGAAGGAUGAGGAAGAAAAACUUGAGGAUAAGAAGGAUAAGGAAGAAAAACUUGAGUUAAUUCAGCCAAAGAAAAUUGGACGGGUUGGAAUUGGCUUACCAGUAGACCUUGGAGCAGUGAAACUGAAGAAAGUAAGUGAAAAGCCUAACACAGCCGAGAAACCAACAGAAUCUGAAAAAGCAGCUGCAGAUAAUGAACUUUUCGGCGUAAAGCUCAAGAAAUUAGCAGCGGAAGGGACUGUGCCAUCAGAUAGUGAUAAAGAAGAAAAAGAGCCUGGGACAGAGAAGCCUUUGCUAAAAAAGAGGCCAAACAAGCAAGCCAUCAUUCCUUUGAAUAAGAGUCCUCGCUUGAUCCACACUGACGUUGAAACAGACCGAAAGUCCCUGAGCAGUAAAACAACCACAACAACAGAGCGCAAAAGGUCACCUUCACCCUGCAUUCCACUGUCGAAAGGUGUACAUGCUGUCCUUUCUAAGUCUAAUGAAGAAACAGAGACAGAAAGCAGCAAUGAUCUGACUGUUCGUACUGCCGUGUGCAGAGAGAUUCGGUACAGUGAAGCUGCACUGAGUCUAGAGGAUGAGGUUUCUGUUGAAUAUUUGCAAGCUGAUGACAAACCAAGAGAGUCAUCAGAAAACUUGGAAGUUCCUGAAAGAGGAAGUAAAGAAUUACCAGGGAAUGGAGAAGAUAAAGAAUUUGGAGAGAUUCCUCAAGUAUCAGUUACAGUGAAAGAAAAUCCUGAGGAAGCUGAAUAUGAGGAGUUUGAUGAAGAAUUUUUGAGGACUAUGGAAGAAAACAAAACAGCUGAGUUAUCUCAGCGUUUAAGCGAUAGAUUUAAUGAUGAAAAUCUCCCAGGAACUGAAAAUUCUAAUGCCAAUGCCGGGAACGACAUUUCCGAAAGCAGUGAAGAAGAACAGGGCACUGUAGGUAACAGCAAGCCCAUUCGAAGCUCUUGUUUAACAAAUGAUAAUCAAGAAACUAACAAGGAAGAGGUAGAUGAGGAGUUUUCAAGGAAAGUAUCAUUUGCUCAUAUACCAUCAGAAAAAGGCGGGAAACAAUCACCCAGUGAAGUACUAUCAAGUUCCCCAGGAAGAGCAACUCCACAGAGUCCAUUUCGAAGGCGAACUGGUACAAAUGAGAGUUCAAACUCUUCUUGUAAGAGUGAUUCUGAAAAUUCUGAUAAAAAGAUUGGCAGGUUCAAAUUGUUCCAGAUCAAGCAGUCUUGUAGUAGUGAUGAUGAGAAAGAAAAGGAUGAAAAGAAAGACAGCAAACGAAGAAAGAAGAGUUCAUUUUCAAAGUUUCUUCCAGGUAUUAAAAACAAAGUGAGAAAAGCCAAAGAUGGAGAUGAAAGCUUAGAAAAUCCUCCUGUUGUAAGUAAUUCAUCUGAGAAAGGAAGUGUUGAAUCUGACAAAGAGCCACAGCCAAUGCCGAAUGACAAUGUUUCCUCUGAAAAGGCCCAGAAUUUGGUUGAUUAUAAAGUCCAAGGGGUUCCAGAACUGAACAUUCCUCAAAUAUCCUUGCAUCUUGAAGAUUCAGGCACAGAGCGUGCAAAUAAAGUAGAACUUCGGCCCCGACAGCACUCUGUCAAAGAUGAGGCUCGCAGUAGUACUUACAGCCGCUCAUCAAUCACUUCUCCCGAAUUAGACCCACCACCACUGGUGCCUGAGAAGAAGGGUAUGCGAGCAACGUCUCCUGGUCAUGAUGUCCCACAAAACAAUCGGCCUGUAACAGUACAGGGAUAUGAAGAAACAGAAAUGGCAGAAAGAAAAGAUGAGACCAAAGUCGAUGGAGUAAUAUCAGUGGACCAAAUAGAUGCAAUACUGUCUGCCAAAGACAAAGAAAAGAAACGAAAAUCAGGCUGCUUUGACUCAGGUGGAUUUUCUGGUCCAGUUGAACGCUCUCAAAAUUUAAAUGAAAAGGCAGAAGGGUCAUAUGACAGAAUGGCAUCUGUAGUUUCUAUCACCAGCACAGAGAGUGAUGAACCACUACCCAAAUUUAAUUUCCUGAGCUGUACUAGUAAUCGUAGCAGUUCCGAAAGCUCAAAAAACCGAGAUAAAAAUUACGACUCCGAUGUUUCUAGUGAUGCACAAACUGAUACUUCAAGAACUAAUCAAGAUUCUGUUGAUCAAGAUAUUUCUGCAACUCUGAGCUAUUUAAGUCGCUUAACGGAAUCCAUGCAUAGUGGCACAAGAGGCAGCCUGAACAUCCCUCAAUUCACUGUCGAGGAGGAAGAGGGAACAGGAACUUCCGAUCAAGUCUCAGCAGGAGACAGUUCUGAAGAGACACCUGUUAAGGAAGAGGAUGAACAAAACGAUUAUUUUCCAGUCAUAGGGGGAGGCGUUAACCUCCGGCAUCCGUCCUCCUCUUCCAGAGGUUCCCAGUUCUCUGACGCUGGCUUGCGCACUUCGGGAAUUAAUGGUCUCAAGGCCUUUUUGGAAGAGAAUCAGCCAGAGGAUUCCUCCUCUAGAUCAGGAAUAAGUCGCUUAGGUCACAGCGCUGCCGUCGAGAAGCUAAGAAGAGUGUCAAGUGAGGAUACGGAUAAUCAGGAUUAAUGCUGACUGGGAUUUCUCGUCACAAGUUGGAGUUCUGUGAUUAUUAUGGAUCCGAGAUUUCAAAUUGGUAAUCGGAGAUCUCCAACGAUUCAAAGUUGCAAAAAUCUGAAGUAAAAGUCAUAGAUGGCGUCCAGUGCAUAAACUUAAGAAUUUUCAGUAAAAAUCAAAGACCUCCAUUGAAUGAAAAACAAGAAAUGAAGAAUAAUAGGCAGAAAGAUCUGGUGCAACCAUCCCUAUCCGACAACAGACAUUCAUUUUUCAACAAUGAAAAUUCUGUUGCGUCGCGAUAAAAUUUCCGUCUCUGUAAUUAAUUGUGAUUCAUUUCUACCUAACAUAUUCAUACGUAUAUCAGUCAGAGCCAAGUGACAAGUAAGCGCAUCCUUAUAGCUUUCAAUCUGUGCCAGCGAUGGUUAAUCUGAUUUCCAGAACUGUUUUGAAUUUUCUCUUAAGAAUCUCAGAUGCUCUUGUAAAUGAUCAGCUCUUAAGAUGUGAUAUCAAGUAUUCUAAAAUUUUUCGUAAAAUACGACAGAAGACGCCUCUGUAGAAGCAGAUGUCUGAAAUAUCAGUUCUUCAGAAACGAUAUAAGACUGUUGAUAUAUAUACUCAAAUAUUCGGAAAUGAUAUCGGCUGUUUUAUUGUGAUUUACAGCAAAGUGAGCAUUUGGGUAAACUGCUUUUUUUUUCUGCAAAGGUGAUGAUAUAUUUUUUGUGAAUUCUAAGCUAUUCGGAAAUUACAUUGGAAGUUUUAUUGUGAAUUACAGCAAAGUAAGCAUUUGGGCAAACUGCUUUUUUUUCUGCAAAGGUGACAUUUUUUGUGUGAAUUCUAAGCUUUUCAGAAAAUGCGUCCGAAUAUUCCUUGCAAAUUUUCGUCCAUCGCUCAGAAAAGAGAUUGGAAGUUUUCUUGCUGAGUCAGUUUUUCAGAAUUGAUGUAGCAGCCACAGGUGGUGCUAAAUGAAUUCAGCUGUUGGGUUUAGGUAAUUGUGUUGAAAGGAAGGCCUAGUUAUUGCUCUGUAGAGGCUAGUGAAGUUAUGGAUAGUAAGAAGCAAGCAGAGGGCUGUCAGAGUAAUGUUUUGAAGCUUUGGUGCAAAACUCAAUAAAAGUGAAAGGGUAAAGGUCCAAGUACCCACAAGAGAGACUCGACUACUACUUGCUUCUGCUGAUUUUUGAAAUACUGUACUGCAAGAGAUGCUUCGAGACUAUGCUAUGUCUGCUAUAUCAUUUUGGAAUGUCCGUUAAGUGCCUUUGCAAUCAUCAUAUAAGUAUGCUUCAAGUUUGUUGAAAUUGUGACGUCAGUAACUCAUGGCAAUACAUUAAGUAGGUUUAUUGUCUGACUGAAUCUCUUACGUGAUAGAAAUGGCCAAGGAAAAUCUCAUGGAAGUGUAAUUCAGGAGUUCCUCAUAUAUAUACUAUAUAUGUGUUUAUAUAAACGUGUAGAUACAUACUCAGUGAUUCGUUAUACAUUUCCAAUAUUAAUAAGUUACACUUACCACGUGGAUUAUUGCAUAUGAACGUGUCAAAGGCCAAUAAAGAAAGAAAAUGAA